AUGAGAUUCUCUACCUUCCUUAUUGCCGCUUCCGCUGCCCUCGUCUCUGCCCGACCUGGCUUUGUUUCUACCUUUGGUAACGAGCGUGCUGCUCUGGCCAACGAGACUGCUCCUACUCCUACCCCUGGUCUGGAGGAUGGCCGUGAAGAGCUCACCCCCCCUGCACGUGGAGAAGACCGUGAGGACCGUGAGGACCGAGACCGCGAAGAGGACCGUGCCGAUCAAGGCCGUGAAGACCGUGACCGAGAUGGCCGUCAGGGACGUGAGCGUGAGCUUGCUUUCGGCCAGGUCGAUCUCAACUACCUCCUCCAGGUCAACCAGCUUGACCUAGUCAGGCUCCAGACCCUCAGCAUCAAGAACAGAUUCGACGUCAACAUCUUCGCCGACCUCUUCGCCGCCGACCAGUUCAGCAUCAAGUCUCUCCUCCAGCUCCAGCAGCUAUCCACCAUGCUUGCCAUUGCUGAGACCGGUAUCUUUGACCAGUUCGAGCUGUCCAGCCUCAAGCUUGGUGACCUCAACCUCGGCCUUAUCGAUGGCAUUGGCGGUAUCGAUCUCACUCAGUUCAUCGACGCUGCCACAAGACCCAAGAUCACUGUCAUCGCCAAGCAGGUCAAGGUCAAGAACACUAUCAUCCUCGCCGGCAAGAACUAG